AUGAACGUUUUAUUCUUCUUGGCUCUUGUCUUUAUUGUUAAUGCAGAUAACCAACCAAAUGAAAUGAAAGAAUAUCUUUCUGGAGAAUGGAAGUUUUACCAAGUUGAAACAACAAUUUCUGAUGAUUCUGAUAAUUCUGAAGAUAAUGAAAUUGAAUUUGAAGAACGAGAGCCAUUAAUUGCAAUGAAUAUUACAGCUAGAACUGAUCUUACUGAUAUGCUUGAUAUUAUUAUUGAUGAUGAUAAUGAGAAAUAUUAUCAAUUAUCUAUUUAUGAUGGAAGUACUAUUGAAAUCCAAAUGAUAGGUGAUGAUGUUCAAGAAGAUAAACUUCUUAUUACUAUGAAUUUCCAUAAUGUUUCAGAUAUGUAUAUUGCAGAAGGUACAUUCAGAAAUAUUUCAUAUACUGCUUAUAUUCCAAGAACUGAUGCUCUUGUUGCUUCAAUUACUACAUACCAAAAAGAUGAUGAUGGAAAAGUUAUUGUUACUAGAUAUAUUGGUGAAAAAACAUUUGUUGACAAACGUACUUUCUUCCAAAAAUAUCAAAUGUUUAUUAUGAUGGGUCUUAUGAUGCUCUUCCAAAUGUUCAUGGGACAACCAGGUGCUCAAGCCCCUGCCCAAGCACAACAACAAGCUGCUCAUUAA